GCAGAGUUUCAAUAAUCCUUGCCCAAUGUGCUCGUGUCAACGACUCGUGUGCUAUAUUGUUUCGUGAGUGUAUUUAUCCUUACGUCGAACUACACUGAUGACAAGCUUAAUACGUAUAUAUUCCCCGGACAUUAGCACCGCCAUGAGAGCCAGAUGGACCCGAUCUGGACACGAUGUGCUUGAUCCUGCUCUCGUUGAUGCUGAUAGACUGAGUACUUGGGCAUAUACAAGGCAUACCUGGGCAUAUUUGGCAGGGCAAAGCGCUGUCUUCGUGGCGCGAGGAUCCCCGGCGCACAAUCGUCGUCCUCAACGCAGUCGUCGUACUCGUGGUUGGUUCGACACCAGGAAUAGUUGUAUGGUAUCUUUACAGCAUCCCCGGACGUUCUUGGUCCGACUCAGAAUGAAAUUUCAUAGGCGUGCCUCACACAGAAUCCCGAGCAACCACUAUAUCAUGGCUAUCUGUGCGCGGGUUCUCCUGUGCCUCGACUCGCCUUCGGCGGCCUCAGGAGCCCAGUCUACUCAAUAUCCAACACAAGACUGCAGCCCCGUAUGCAGUCCCGCACAACUCCCUCAACCUCCGCGGUCAGUGUCCUCCAGGGACAUGGUGUUCCAACACAUGCAUGCUUGUUUUCCAUUUCUCGGAUCCUUGUACGAAUCAAAGCAUUCAAACGCGGGUUUACGACAGCAAACGGUCUCACCUCCUGAGUCUCCCGAGUCGCUAUCAUCCUCUUUCGUGCUCUGCGGUACCCAGGCGAGUCUUUGCCGGCCUCUGAAGCCCGUCUGCUAAUACUCAAUACACUACAUCCCACCCGCAUGACCCCAUCCUCGUCCACGUCCGGUGUCAUCAAGGGCCAGAAACCUCGAUCCUUUCUGCCCAGGCAAUCCGCGCUCUCCCUCUUCACUCUGCGAGCUUCGGAUCGAGGCACGCACACGCGUGCUUUCACGACAGCCUACC